CUAAAAAAAACAAAAGAAGAAGAGUAGUUCGCCACAACGCCUCACUGCCCCAGGACCAAAAUAGACAGUAGAGGGCUGAGCAGCUGACAUAAACCAGAAAUGGCUUCCACCGGAGUUCUUCCCUUCAUUAGGGGGGUAGACCUCAGUGGAAACGACUUCAAAGGUGGCUACUUUCCAGAGCAUGUUAAGUGUAUGAGCAGUCUGCGAUGGCUGAAACUCAACCGGACAGGGUUGUGCUACCUCCCAGAGGAGCUGGCCUCUCUGCAAAAGCUGGAGCAUCUUUCAGUGAGUCACAACAGCCUGACCACUUUGCAUGGAGAACUGUCCAGCUUACCAAACCUUCGGGCGGUUGUAGCCAGAGCCAACAACCUGAAAAACUCUGGUGUCCCUGAUGACAUCUUUCAGCUCGAUGACCUCUCUGUGCUGGACCUGAGUUACAAUCAGCUGUCAGAGAUCCCCAGGGACCUGGAGAACAGCAGGAAUAUGCUGGUGCUGAAUCUGAGCCACAACAGCAUUGACUCCAUCCCCAACCAGCUGUUUAUCAACCUGACAGACCUGCUGUAUCUGGACCUGAGCGACAACAAGCUGGACAGCCUGCCACCGCAGAUGAGACGCCUGGUUCACCUGCAGACACUCACACUGAACAACAACCCCUUGAUGCACGCACAAUUGCGCCAAUUGCCAGCCAUGGUGGCAUUACAGACUCUCCACCUGAGGAACACCCAGAGGACCCAGAGCAACAUGCCGACCAGCCUGGAGGGUCUGACACAUUUAGCAGAUGUUGACCUGUCAUGUAACGACCUGACUCGGUUGCCAGAGUGCCUCUAUUCACUGAGCAGUUUGAAGAGACUCAACCUGAGCAGUAAUCAGAUCUCAGAACUGUCCCUCUGCAUUGACCAGUGGACUCAGCUGGAGACGCUUAACCUGAGCCGCAACCAGCUCACCUCCCUGCCCUCUGCAAUCUGUAAGCUGGCCAAACUGAAGAAGCUGUAUGUAAACUCUAACAAACUGGACUUUGAUGGGGUUCCGCCAGGCGUGGGCAAACUGUCCAGCCUCACUGAGUUCAUGGCCGCUAACAACAACCUGGAACUCAUCCCAGAGGGCCUCUGCAGGUGUGGCAAGCUGAAGAAGCUGGUGCUGAAUAAAAACCGCCUAGUAACACUGCCUGAGGCCAUUCACUUCUUGACUGAUUUAGAGAUUCUGGAUGUACGGGAGAACCCUAACCUGGUGAUGCCUCCCAAACCAGUCGACAGAGCAGCAGAGUGGUACAACAUUGACUUCUCCCUGCAAAACCAGCUCCGGCUGGCCGGGGCCUCACCUGCUACUGUCGCUGCUGCUGGAGGUGGAGCCAGCCCCCGAGACCCCCUGGCGAGGAAGAUGAGGUUAAGGAGGAGGAAGGACUCUUCUCAGGACGAUCAGGCAAAGCAGGUGCUGAAGGGCAUGAGUGAUGUUGCACAAGACAAGAAGAAGAUGGAGGAGAACGGGGAUUUGAAAUAUGCUGAUUUAAAGGUCCGGCGCUGGGACAAGAGUCUAGAGAAACCUCAUCUGGACUACUCUGAGUUCUAUUUGGAGGAUGUGGGGCAGGUUCCAGGUGUAUCAGUGUGGCAGAUAGAGAACUUUAUUCCGAUGCAAGUGGAUGAAACUUUCCAUGGCAAGUUCUAUGAGGCUGAUUGCUACAUCAUCCUCAAGACUUUCCUGGAUGACAACGGUGCAUUGAACUGGCAUAUCUAUUACUGGAUCGGGCAGGAAGCCACGCUUGACAAGAAGGCCGGCUCUGCCAUCCAUGCAGUCAACCUCAGAAAUUUCCUUGGAGCAGAGUGCAGGACUAUACGGGAAGAGAUGGGAGAUGAGAGCGAGGAGUUCAGUGCUGUGUUUAACAAUGAGAUCUCCUACAUUGAGGGAGGAACAGCCAGUGGAUUCUACACUGUGGAGGACAACCACUAUUCUGUCAGGUUGUACAGAGUUUACGGUAAGAAGAACAUCAGACUGGAGUCUGUAUCUCUGAAGGCCUCCUCCCUCGACCCACGGUAUGUCUUCCUGUUGGACACAGGCCCGGACAUCUUUAUUUGGAGAGGAGCCAACGCUACUCUCAGCACCACCACGAAGGCGAGGUUAUUUGCAGAAAAGAUCAAUAAGAAUGAGCGGAAGGGGAAGGCAGAGAUCACAACCCUCAUGCAGAACCAGGAGCCUCCUGGGUUCUGGGAGACACUGGGAGGACAACCAGAGGAGAUCAAGAAACACGUACCAGAUGACUUUUCUCCUGUUAGACCUAAACUAUACAAGGUGGGCUUGGGUCUGGGAUACCUGGAGUUGCCACAGAUUAACUACAAGCUGUCAGUCGAGCACAAAGACCAAAAGAUAAAACUGGACACUUUGCCAGAGAUGAGACUGGUGCAAUCUCUGCUGGACACAAAGUCUGUGUACAUCCUGGACUGCUGGUCUGAUGUGUUCAUCUGGAUCGGGAGGAAGUCUCCACGUCUCGUCCGAGCCGCUGCCUUAAAACUGGGUCAGGAGAUCUGCUCCAUGCUGCAUCGGCCCAAACAUGCCUGUGUCACCCGCAACCUGGAGGGCACUGAGUGCCAGGUGUACAAGUCCAAGUUUAAGAACUGGGAUGAUGUGUUGAAGGUGGACUACACCAGAGCAGCUGAGACCGUACAUAAGAAGGACAACCUACUGGGCAAGGUGAAGAAGGACGUAGAGAAGAAAGACCAGAUGAAAGCUGACCUCACAGCCCUCUUCCUUCCCCGGCAGCCAGCCAUGCCCCUUACUGAGGCUGAGCCACUGAUGGAGGAGUGGAACGAGGAUCUCGAUGGCAUGGAAGGAUUUGUGUUGGAGGGAAAGAAGUUUGCUCGGCUGCCCGAGGAAGAGUUUGGCCACUUCAACACCCAGGACUGCUACGUCUUCCUCUGCAGAUACUGGGUGCCUGUGGAGUAUGAAGAGGAGGAGAAGGAGAAGAAGGAGGGUGAAGGCGGUGAAGGAGGAAGAGCAGCAGCAGCAGCACAAGAGGAAGAGGACAAACAGCCCGAGGAGGACUUCCAGUGUGUUGUGUAUUUCUGGCAGGGCAGGCAGGCCUCCAACAUGGGUUGGCUCACUUUCACCUUCUCGCUGCAGAAGAAGUUUGAAAGUCUUUUCCCUGGAAAACUGAAGGUGGUGCGUAUGACCCAGCAGCAAGAGAACCUCAAGUUCCUGUCCCAUUUCAAGCGGAAGUUCAUCAUCCACAAAGGGAAGAGGAAACAGAAGACUGACUCUGCUCAGCCCUCCCUCUACCACAUUCGCACCAAUGGCAGCGCACUUUGCAGCAGGACCAUCCAGAUUGGAACAGAUUCCAGCAAUCUCAACUCAGAGUUUUGCUUCAUUCUCAAGGUACCGUUUGAGAGUACAGACAAUCAGGGCAUCGUCUACACCUGGGUGGGCAGAGCUGCUGACCCUGACGAAGCCAAACUGGCCGAGGACAUCAUGAACUGCAUGUUUGAUGAAACGUACAGCAAACAGGUAAUUAAUGAGGGGGAGGAGCCAGAGAACUUCUUCUGGGUGGGGAUUGGCUCUCAGAAGCAGUACGAUGAAGAUGCAGAAUAUAUGAAAUAUGCUCGGCUCUUCAGGUGUUCAAAUGAGAAGGGCUACUUCUCUGUGUCGGAGAAGUGCUCAGACUUUUGUCAGGACGACCUGGCCGAUGAUGAUAUCAUGUUACUAGACAACGGCAAAGAGGUGUACAUGUGGGUCGGUACUCAGACCAGCCAGGUGGAGAUCAAACUUAGUCUCAAAGCCUGUCAGGUUUACAUCCAGCACAUGCGCUCUAAGGACACCGAACACCCCAGGAAGCUGCGACUGGUGCGAAAGGGGAACGAGCCCCACUGCUUCAGCCGCUGCUUCCACGCCUGGGGAGCUUUCAAAACCCAACUUUCAUAGACAAACACAUGCACAGAAACGCUCAUACCUGUAUCAAAUGUAUUCGCUUCCAUGCCAUUUUCUACCAGUAGGAUGAUGAUAAUGAUGAUGAUGAUGUCUAUGCCUAACGCAGCUUUGCCUGAGCUCUGAUUCCUUCCCCCCGCCCCCUUCCUGCUCAGCGCUGCUGUCCACCGGCCUCUGAACCAACAGGUUACAAUCUGCCUACAAGUUUAGCACAACAUCCCAGUCAGUGACGAUUCUUCUGGUCAAGAAGCUGUUGGCUAUUUCUUGUCUUUGGAACAAACGGCAAAAUAUCACUUUUUUUCUACAAGCUUUUUUUUAGCAGCAAGUCUGAAUAUUGUUGUUAAAUUAAAGAAGAUAAUUAUGUUUUGAGAUAAAAACAAAUAUGUCUACGGUGUACAGAGGCUUUAUAUAAACUCAAGGGAGUCGAAUUCCCUAACAUAUCAAUCUGCUCUGCUGCUUCCACGUGGCUCGUGCUUCACGUUCAAUAGUUUUCAGUGGACGAGGGUUAAGCGGUAACUUUGGUAUUUACAUAUUUUCCCUGACUGACUAAUAGGGACAACAGUUUCUGAAAUGAUCAAGUAUUGAGGGGAAAGUGCAGUAGACGGCAGCCGCUCACAGGCCGCAAUGUCAUUUUAAGUGUGCGACAUUUUGGAAAGACUCCUACUCAAAAGGAGAAGUCUCCUGAAAGCCUGUUCCGCUACAGCAGUAAUACGGGAUCAAUUUCUAAAAUUUGUGUCCCCGUUCGUCACUUAGGAACAUGGGAAAAAUAAUUCAAAAUGUAGCCUUUAAGUGCUGGUUACUGCGCUGGUCCCUCCUCCACGCUUGGCUCCAUAUUGUGCUGCUUGUUUGAGGAAGUUUAAGGCAGAUCAUUUUACAGUUUUUACUCUUUUUUUUUUUUUUUCUCCAGCAUUUAGGGACUAAUCAGAAAAUGGCACUAUAAUAUUUUUU